ACAGCCAUUGAACACCAAUGAGGUCAUGGAUUCACCGCCAGGCAAAGAGCUUCAACCACUUGUCGGCCCAGUACAAAACUAGUCUGGGGGAAGAAAAAAAAAAUCACCCGCUCACUGACAGAUGUGAUGACUGAGUGAAAGGACAGGGGAAGGUUUGUUGUGGAUACGUUCAGGCUUAAAGUGAAGCUUUACAAAGAGAAGAAACACAGCAAACUGUAUUGGGAUCAUUGGAAACAUUUGUUUUUGACUCCACUGGACUGUUUUAUAUGGAAUCCUGCCUCCUUCAUUUGUGCCUGCUUUUUCAGUUUUCAGUUCAAAGCUGAGUAGUCAUAAAAGAGUUACAGCACAGCACAGAGCUGGGAUUUUCCCAAGGCAAAAGCUGAUCUCCCGUCCACCAAUCUGGGACUAAGGAGAACAGCUGAGCACCGUUAAGCACUAACUAAAGCUCCCAGGCAGCUACUCUUCCCGUUCACCUCUUUGUUACUACAGAAAUGUCUUGGGAACUCAAAACAAUCCUUCUUUGUGCUUUGACGGUCUACAUCACAUCAGUGGUGGUGGGUGUAGAGGAACAGCAGGGAGAUGAGGAGUGUGCCGACCUCAACAACACCACAUGGCUCGAGUACCAGCAGCAGAGAGUCAAACUGCAGGUCCAGUACCUGCUGCUGACAAGGAGCAACAUGGACUGUGCACAAAUGUUCAGCCAGGAGUCUCUCGGCAUGCCGUCCUCCCACUUCAACACCUCCCGCCCAACCAAAGUCAUCAUCCACGGAUACAGAGCCCUGGGCAGUAAGCCGUCCUGGGUGAAGGAGCUAGCCCAGGCCCUACUCAGGGUGCAGGAUGUGAACGUGCUGGUGGUGGACUGGGUCUAUGGCGCCUCCUUCGCCUACAACCUGGUGGUGGAGAAUUACAAAGAGGUGGCACUGCAGAUCUCGGUCCUCAUCAACCAGCUGCAGGAACAUGGAUGCAACCUGGAGUCAUUCCACUUCAUUGGGGUCAGCCUCGGGGCGCAUGUCGCUGGGUUUGUGGGGACUCUUUUCGAGGGGAAGAUCGGAAGAAUCACAGGCCUUGACCCCGCUGGACCCAUGUUUAAACGAGCUGACACCUUUGACCGGCUGGACCCAUCUGAUGCUCAGUUUGUCGACGCCAUCCACACAGACUCUGACUAUUUUGGCAUCUCCAUUCCUGUCGGUCAUGUGGACUUCUUUCUGAAUGGAGGGAAGGACCAGACUGGAUGUGCCCGCUCCAGGUUUGCUUCAAUUCUCAUCUACUUUCCAGUGUAUGGUUAUGUGAUAUGUGACCACAUGAGGGCGCUGCACGUCUACAUGAGCGCUUUGAAUGGGUCCUGCCCGUUAAAAGGGAUCCCAUGCUUCAACUAUGAGAACUUCCUGAGGGGACAAUGUGUGGACUGUGAUGUCUUCGGGGGGACAUGUCCAACUAUAGGUUUAUCAGAAAACAGUGGGAUAGCCUUAUCUCCAAUCCCCAAAGAGCAGAAGCUGUUCCUUCUCACGACUUCUUCUCCACCUUUUUGCACUCAUCACAUCCUGCUGGAGCUGGAGGUUUCUGCACUGGAUAAAAGCGCUGAGGUGGAAGUGACGCUGAGGACUGAGAACCUGGGGACAGAGCAUACGCUCAGGCUUCAGACAUCUACGACGGUGUACAGGACGGUGUUGGCUCAUCCUGUAGCUCUGUGUGAGAUCGGCUCCAUCGAGCUGAAGAACACUGGCGCUCGGUUCUACAGACAGGGAGACAUCCACGUCAAGUCUGUCUGUCUGACUGAGUUCCCCUCUCUCAGGCGAGAGCAGCCACUGUGCGUGAACAACAUCAAUGUCAGGCGAGGAGCUCCGUGGUCUCAUCACUUUGUGCAGGUGUGUGGCUUCUUCUGAGGAAAGAAAGAGAUCCAAAAGAAAAAAGCCUACCCAGUGCAUCUACACUGAGGUCACCCAUGAGUACCAACAUAAAGUCAGUCUUUUUCACCACCAGGAAAAACAACAGCCAAAGAACCACAUUUUAUUCUGGAUUCACCCUGCUAACCAACUGUCAAAAUGCAGUCUGUAGUGCAGCCAUACUGUUCAGUUAAUCUACUGAUAUUACAACAUCAAGACUGUCCUGAUGGUGAAACAGUGAAAAAAGAAGUGAUUUGCAUUUUUAUUUCUUAUCACAAGAGUUUAAUUUUGGUUGUUCAAGUUUGCCUCGCAGCUUUUUCCUCUCUCUGUUCCAGGAGACCAGACUUUUUUUUUUUAGGGAUUUUAGCAAUAAACAUAGUAAUAACUAACGUGACUUUGCCUGUUGAUAUUUGGAUGUUUAAUCAUUUUUCUACAAUAAAAUGGAAAAAAAUUAACUGAAAUAAAAACUGGAUCAAUGUG